UUGGGCUUUCAGCAUCCCCAAAUUAAAAUAAACCCUAGAAAAACCCUAGCUCUCUGCAAACCACGAUCGAACGGAAAUGGAGGACACUCACAUGGAAGAAAGCGAGCAGAAGCUUGAAUCGGAGGUAGCUCCAGCCCUAAUUGCAAUCCACCCGAACCAAAAAUUCAUAUCCGUCUCAAUUGGAUCGGAACUCCGGGUUUUCAAUCUCCAAGACGGUUCUGGAGCUAAAUUACUGGAUGACAAUGGAGGGCAUAAGGACUCAAUUCGGGCUAUUCGAUUUAGUAAAAGCGGGCAGCUUUUUGUAUCUGCUGGAGAUGAUAAGCUUGUGAAAAUUUGGGAUACUAAUUCUUGGCGUUGCAUUUAUUCUGUGGUUUCAGAGAAGAGAGUGACUUCUCUUGCAAUAAGCAGUGAUGGGAAGUUUUUGUGUUUUGCGGAUAAGUUUGGUGUCGUAUAUGUUGUGGAUAUAGGAGAUCACAGCUGUGAAAAUCAAGCUCCCCUUAGUAAAAAGGCUGUUCCUAUUCUUUCCCAUUAUUGUAGCAUUAUUACUCGACUGGAAUUUUCGCCAGAUGGACAAUACAUUGUUACUGCAGAUCGAGACUUCAAAAUUCGUGUCACUGUGUUUCCCAAGGAGCCAUUAAAUGGAGCUCACGAGAUACAAAGUUUUUGCCUCGGUCAUACCGACUUCGUUUCGUGCCUUGCAUUUGUACAUUGUCAGGAUUCUGCGAAUCAACUUCUAGUGUCUGGAAGUGGCGAUUCAACUGUUCGGUUAUGGGACUAUGCAUCUGGUUCUCUGCUUGAUACGUGUGAUGUUGGAGCUAAGGCAGGACUUUUAGAUUCUAUUCAAGGACAAGACGAGAUCUUGCCUGCCGUUACCGAUCUUUGUGCAACCCCUGAUGGUUCACUAAUUGCUGUGGCUAUCCAAAGCUUGCCAGGAAUACUGCUGUUAAAAUGUAACCUCUCUUCAAGAACCCUCUCGCUCUCCAAAGUGAUUUCUGUUGACGGAGAACCAUUCAUCCCAACGAGCAUUGGAGCUUCCUCUUCAGUCCCGUUGUUAUGGAUGGUCAUGGGUGCUUCUUCGAUCUCACAGCCUAAUAAUAAUAAAGAUUCUACUGCACUUUUGGCACGUGUUAGGGUUCUUUCUGGAUUUGAUUUCAACGGUUCAGAUUCAAUUUCGCACGAGACGAGGGUUUUAGAAGAUAAGGAGGUUCCUUAUUCAGACCCGCUUCUUCUAGAAUUGCAAGGGAAAUUGUGUAUAGGCGAAGAAGCUUUCUCCACAGCUGCUCAAGCAGUGAAAAUGUCGAUGCGUAAUUUGUUAAUCAAGAAGCAUUACUCGGCCGAGAGAAGAGAGGUUAGAAAGAAGGGCAGAAAUGACAAGAAGAAUCAGACACCAUUAUCGUAAUUUUCAGCAGAUAGAGACAUCAGGGAGAUUCAUGUAAUUUUACUUUCCUUACCCUAUUUAUUUUUCUUGAAUUAUUAUUUUCUGAAAUUUGGGGCUGGCAUUUGUAUACAAAAAGGUAACAAUUUGACAUUUGAUCACAAGAAUUGCAAUUUGGUGAAAAAGACGUUUCAUUUAAUAAUUUUAGAGACGUGCGAUUUUUUUUCA